AAAGCUCUUUCAGAAAUUGCAAUUCGAUUUUGUGUAUUAGUUUUGUUAACAGAAUAUAGGCGGUACAAUGAAAACGGCGGAAGAAGUUCCAUUUGUAGCAUUUAGUGUUAAAGUUUGGAAAUUUAUGGGAUUUCUUUUUGCCACCAAAUACUCAAAUCAACGAUAUUUCUUUUUGUUAAUUAAUGUCGCCCUCAAUAUUUCUCAAUUUGCAUACCUUUUCACGGAAGAAAAACUGGAUAAGUUAAUUUUAAAUGGAUAUUUUACGGUUUGGUAUUUCAAUUGCAUUAUGAGAGUUGUUAUUGUUCUUAAGAGGCAAAAAGACUAUGAAGAUUGUAUACAUAAACUAGUGAGGCUGUAUAAUUUCAUUGAAACUACUGGGGACGAGUAUAUGGUGAAUUUAUUGCAAGAAGUUGGUAAAAAAGCUCACAGGUUUUCAAUUAUGAAUGUUUGUUUGUCCCUCACAACUGGUGCCUGUUUUCUUAUUUACCCCGUUUUUACUGGAAUGCAAGAUCUUCCUUAUGGAGUUUAUGUUCCGUUUUUAAACACAUCAAAUAGAUUUACUUACAAAUUGUUGUAUUUGUAUGAGAUAUUGGCGACUCCUCCGGGUGUUACACUCUACAUACCUUUUUCAAAUCUCGUGAUAUCCUUUUUCCUCUUUGCCCAUACCCUUAUGCAAAUCCUCCGGUACAAAUUGAACAUUUUGAUGGAUCCUGAAAAAGAUCAAGAUGAAAAAAUGACAGAGAAGAAACUCAAAAUUGCAAUUAAAUAUCAUCAGGUUCUAAUUGUUCUUAUUGAUGAUAUCAAUUCCCUUGUAGUCAGUGUCAGCUUCAUCGAAAUCAUUUUCUUCACCAUGCUCCUAUGUGCUCUUCUUUUUGUUCUAAAUAUCGUAGAGCUACUCCCACAAAUCUGCCUUUCAUGCCUCUACAUCGUCUUGAUAAUGACACAGCUUUUCACACUCUAUUGGGGUGCCAAUGAAGUUACAGUUGAAAGUCUUAAAGUCAGAGAAGCACUUUAUGACAUGCCAUGGUACAACAUGAACGAAAAGUGCAAGAAACUUCUCCUCAUCGUCAUGAUAAGGUCUUCACGUCCUCUUCAAAUUGUUGCCGGAAACAUCUAUCCAGUUACAUUGCAAAUGUUUCAAUCCUUGGCCAAUGUAUCAUAUUCCUACUUCACCAUUUUACGCAGAGUUUACCAAUGA